CAAUAAUAUGAUAUCGUAUAUGUAAGCUCAAUUUUCUUGUAAUAUUGUCAUUUCUUUGGUUUACUGUGUACUGUGUGUACGGUUCCUCAUGUCACUGGACUUCUUUAUACUAUUUCUUGUUGUCACUACAGUGACAUGUCGCCAUGUUCAAUUCUACCGGAAAGACUAUACAUACAUUGAGGAGUUCGAUGCCUAUUACAAAUUACAUGUGCCAUCGAAUAACGGUACAUGGAACGAUGCUUUCUUCACAUGUGACAAAGAAGACGCCUUGCUAUUUUAUCCAGACAAACCGAAUGAAUGGACCAUUGUGACCAACUUAACAGAAUCUGCUGAGCAGUAUAAUAUUACGGAUAUAUUUGUGGGAAUCCAUGAUAAUGGUGCUGGAGAGUUUAUGACUGUUAACGGCCAUUCAACACCGUCUCCUUUAAUAAACGAGGCGCAACUAACUGCUGGCCAAUGUGUGACGAUGGAUAUAGAAUCUGGAACCCUCAAAAUUGACAAUUGUGUCCAACAACCUGACGGAAUGCUGAAAUCUUUUGUUUGUAAGAAAGUAGAGGAUGUGUCUUGUCCCACCAUUGAUCGUAACUAUAUCUACUACAAGGAAACAAGGAAAUGCUACAAAAUAAACAAUCAUCUACAAACGUGGCACGAAGCAUCCCACACGUGCUUUAUGGAAGGCGGUCUACUGGUAGUCGUCGAAACUAACAUUGAGGCAGAGAUCUUAAAAUCAUUAAUGACAAGAUAUAAUCAUUAUCUUGCUGGAUAUAAAAAAAUUACUUCUGACAGUGGUUAUUAUACUCUUAAAGGUUCCACACUUUCCAGCAAUUAUGAGAGGUGGUAUCGAAAUGGGGGUGAAAAUGAUAGUCAAAUGUGUGGUAGCAUUUGUAAUGAUGAUAACUUCGUGUACACCGUGUCUGUAGACUGCAACGAUAAACAUCGAUCCAUUUGUCAAAUAGACACCCAAAACUGAUAUGGACUGCUUAAAAAACUGCAUGCUAUAAUAAUAAUAAUAAUAUACUUAAUUACUCAGACUACAAUUUGGUCCAUUUUGUUAGUAACAGUUUUCUUACAAACUAUGUUAGUAAAAAAGAAAAGCAAAUUAAUUAAAGCUUGUUCACUCAGAUGUGACCCAGCCGACUAGAACAGCAUCUGAAUGAAAUGCCCACUUAUAGGCGAGUUAUACUUCUCGCCUAUUACUUUUAGAAUGCUUAAAGAACAGAAUGUAUUUCCUCUAUCAUAUAGCGUGAUAUCGAAUCAUUAACAUGCUAGAAUGCUUUAAUAGUGAAAUUGUACCUUAUUCUCGAAAAUACAUCAGUUGCAAUACGACGAAAAAUUUUUGCGCUCCCAUACUAAAUUUGUAGUAAAUUUACAGAGUACAGGGGAAUAACACCUGAGUCCUCAGGAAUGGCAACGCAUGGGGACUAUCAUGCGAAACAGUAUACUCUGUUAUAUCCAUGGUACUGCUCAUGUCUAUAGGCGACGCUUACCACUUUCCAUCAGGUGGGCCGUCAGCUUGUUUGUCAUUCUAUGUUGCAUAAAAAAACUUAUCUACUAGCGAAAUAAAAUGUUAAUAGUGCAAUGAUUUUCUAAUUAAGUUGCCACUAAAAAUUUGAAUUUUGAUCACAAAAACGUACAUAAAAAAAUUCCGAAACAAAAUGUAAAGUAAAUGCAAAAAUUUUUAUAGUAGUUUUACAUGCAAAAUAUUUUAUGAUUAACGUUUUAUUUCGCUACCAGAAAACUUUUUAAAUAAUCAUACAAAAACAUUGAAAACAGUUCAAUAUUUUUUGAAAAUUGACAGAUAAUUCUGACGUUUGCCACACUUCAGUAAGUUAAGGUUAUGAACGCUCUUAAGUUGGCAUAAAACGUUUUAAAUUUCCCAUCGUUUUUUCGACUCGUAUUUCUUUGAGAAAAAUGUCCGAUUUCGCUAACAGAAAAGUCCCAUAAAGUUGUGCUAAUGUUUUCUAUAUAAUCCUGUAUUAUAAUAACGAUAAUAUAUUUCUGUAUUAUUUUUUCAUAUUAUUGUAUAAUUAUAGGUAUAAAUCAUG